AUGGUUGAGAAAGAGACUGACUUUAAACCUGGAAUUGAUUACCUUAACAGAUUGCGUUCUGGUGAUUUCGAGUUUCGUCUUAGAAACGAAGCUACGGAUUGGAUUUGGAAGGCUUGUGUUCAUCACCAUUUUGGACCACUCUGCAUUUACUUAUCCAUAAAUUACUUCGAUCGGUUCUUGACAACCUCUGAAUUACCAAAAGACAAGGAUUGGGCUAUUCAAUUGCUUGCUGUGUCUUGUUUAUCAUUAGCAGCCAAAAUGGAAGAAACAUAUGUGCCUCAAUCUCUUGAUUUACAGGUGGAAGAUCCAAAGUUUGUUUUUGAGGCCAAAACAAUAAAAAUAAUGGAACUUUUGAUCAAAGAUCACCACCUUUCAGAGACUGAUAUCUAUAGAUCAUCACAACUCAUACUGAACACCACCAAAGGUGUUGUUACGGCUUUUUACUAA